AUGACUGCAGAAAGUAAUCCAGUGGAAAAUGAUUCCAAUUCCCAAGUCGAAAGUCUUGAACAGUCGCGCGGGAACUCUCCGAUCACCUCGGCACAUUCCAAUGCCCCGAUCUCGCAGGGGCUAGACGACGAAAAAAGUCACACAAGCAACGUUCAGAACGCCACAGAAGAGACAGAAGCCAAGAGCACGCAUUGGAGAAGGUUUAUUGAUAUCAUUUCGUGGACUCCGCCACGAUGUCGAUGGGAUACAGAGAACCCGACCAAAUUCGGCUUGCCUUUGAAUAUCCUGUUCGCAUUCUCGGGAACAUUUACGGUUGCCAAUCUAUACUAUUCACAUCCUAUUCUUGAUGUUCUCGCCCAGUUCUUCCAUGUCUCGCAUGAGCGAGUCUCGUUGAUUCCAACCUGCAGUCAGGCAGGAUAUGCGACGGGACUGAUCCUUCUUUGUCCUCUUGGAGACUUGGUUCGGAGAAGGCACUUUGUGCUGCUGUUAACGCUUCUUACGGCGGCAUUAUGGAUUGGUCUCUGUGUCACCAAGUCAUUCGAAGUAUUCCUAGUCCUGAGUUACUUGACUUCAGUCACGACAGUCACGCCACAAAUCAUGCUCCCUCUCGUCGGAGAUCUCGUCCCUCCAGCACGCCGUGCCACAGCGCUAUCAAUCGUGUCUUCGGGCCUGGUCCUAGGCCUCCUUUUCGCCCGCCUGCUCUCAGGUCUAAUUGCAGAAUACUCAUACUGGCGAAACAUCUACUGGCUAUCCCUUGCUCUUCAAUUCCUCAUUUUCGGCCUAUUAUGGCUGUUCAUGCCAGACUAUCCAUCGACGAACACCAACAUCUCCUACUUCAAAAUCCUGUAUUCCAUCAUCGGAUACUACUGGACAUCCCCAAUACUUGUGCAAGCAACACUAAUGGGGUUCUUCCUCUCGGCAACGUUUACCAGUUUCUGGACAACCCUCACCUUCCUCCUAUCCGGAGAUCCUUACAACUACGCAACCUUGACAAUAGGACUUUUCUCUCUCGCAGGCCUCACACCCAUGUUCCUCGGACCACUCUACUCACGCUACAUGAUCGAUAAGUUCGUGCCACAGCUGUCCAUCCUCGUCAGUCUCAGCAUCCUGAUCAUUGGCGUCAGCAUCGGCACCUAUAUAGGCACGUACAGUGUCGCGGGCCCGAUUAUCCAAGCAGCAUUGCAGGAUUUCGGUCUGCAGAUGACGCAGAUUGCCAACCGUACUUCGAUCUACAGUGUUGCACCCAACGCACGGAAUCGGAUUAACACAGGCUACAUGAUGGGUGUGUUCUGUGGCCAGCUCAUGGGUACUUCUGUUGGGAAUCGCAUCUACAGUCAAGGGGGGUGGAUUCUGACGGGGAGUGUUAGUCUGGCAUUCAUUGGGGCUGCGCUGAUUCUUUCUCUUCUUCGUGGCCCGUGUGAAAAGGGGUGGAUUGGGUGGCAUGGUGGUAUCAAGAUCCGACGAACAGAGUGA